CACAUUUCUAAAUCACCCGUGUUAUGCACCAUAGUAACGACUCGAAUCCGCACGUUGGCUUACACCCAACAUAGGCACACGGACCUUUGUUCAUACCUGGAGCUUUUUUCCACUGUUUGUAAUAUAGCGCCUUCGGCCCCGCAGCUGUCCACUAUUGACGGAAGCUACUGAAAGCCACAACAACAAGUCUUUGUUCGCAAAUCCUCUCUGCAGCAUAUCCUGGUGUCGCCUUAACGUCAACCAUGAAUCACGCCUGGGCUGGCUUACAUGCUUCCUAAGUCAAGCUCAUGAGCAACAAUAAUGUUUUGCCUCCAGGCUAUAAAGCUUGGGGUCCAUUUAUCCCCGACAACUACACCAUACAUCCAGUGAGCCGAUCGGAUAUUAUCUUAGCGAGCACUGCGUUCGGGAUUGCCAACAUUUUUGGCCUCUCCGCAGCUUUCAUUGGUUUCAGGCAAACGAGAGCGUCCCGGCAGCCGUGGAGAAAUGCAUAUAUCUGGAUGAUAUGGUUGGAAUUGGCUGCUUCGGUAGCCAUUGCCGUAGUGUGCCUGCUGUUCUUACUAAGAAUCAUACGUCCCAGUUUUUACAUGUACAUGGGCAUCUUGGUUUGCUGGGUGAUUCAGAUUCAAGUGUUGCCACAAAUUAUCGUCAAUCGAAUUCGCGUGGUUCUGCCGGAUAGACAGCGAGGAAGACAUCUGGCUAUAGGAACCGCGGUCGUCGUCACUUUGAUCAACAUUAGCGUCUUUUGCGUGUGGAUACCCGCGCGUCUUCAGAUCAGUCAAAGAUGGAUACGCAUCAACUCUAUCUGGGAUCGAAUCGAGAAAGUUCUUUUCCUACUCUUGGACGCGUACCUGAACUGGUACUUCAUCAAGACCGUACAAUCCGAGCUCGUGAGGAAUGGCCUGAACAAGUACAACCGCCUAGUCCGCUUCAACAAACGCAUCAUUGUAGUCUCACUCUUAUUCGACGUCAUGAUCAUUGCGGCAAUGAGCAUCCCUAACGGAUUCGUCUACGCCAUUUUUCACCCGCUGGCAUACCUAGCCAAACUCAACAUCGAAAUGUCAAUGGCCCAUCUCAUCCGCACCAUUGCUCUCGCCACCCCACACAACCAGAACCGCAUGUCCUUCAGAGCUUCAAAAUCUUCAAUCCAAACAAGCCCAUUCACUACGGACAUCUUCGCCGAAGUCCCCAUGCCACGCCGUAUGCUCAUCCGAGGCCUCUUCAGCCGCAAUCAGCAUGGCAUGCUACAGAAGGACGCACAACGUAGGCGGUCGCGAUAUGACUCUACGCAACCUUCAGGUGCACCGGAUGUGGAUUUGCAGUCUCUGGAGCCACGAUCUAGCAAGAAUGAUACGCCCAUCGCGGGCGAUAGUGUGGAUAACAUUACGUGCAUUGAAGAUACGCGGCAAGUACUCGAAAAUGCGCAUACGCCGCAGCAUGUUGGCGUGCUGGAUCCAGAAGUCUAGCCUUUUUGUGAGAAAGAUGGAGUGUGAACGCUGAGAUUGAUCUUGUAAUAAUGUCCGUGUACUUCUAGUGUUUAUGACUUAUGAAUGGUUUUUUUGUUAUUGCGGA